AUGGCUGCUAAAAGUGUAACUUUGGGCUUCCCAAAUAGUACCCGGGCCCAGUUCAAGUGGCAAAGUAAUGAACUUGGAUCUAGUUCUAUCUCGAAUGUGAACUUUGUAGGUUCUCCAAGUAACUCAGAUUCUUGGAAUAUUUUGGUACCAAAUUUCUCACUUCGUAAAUGCUGUACAAAAGCGCAUCAAUAUCAUUUAUAUUUUCUCCUAUCAUCAUACACGUAUCUUGAAAAUCAUCAUAUCUCAUCAUUAGCGAAACUGUUCGCUUCGAAAAAUGACUCAAGCUCGAUAUUAUCUUGGGAUGUGCUAGUGCUGGGACUAUUGGUCUGGAAGCAUCAGAUCGAUGUUAAUUUGGGAUGUACAAGUGCUGGAACUAUUGAUCUGGAAAAGUGA